UAUGAGGUAAAUUUGGGACCGUUUUUGUAAAAUCCUUCAAUUUUUUGAUAAAAAUCUGGUUUGGAUUGCUCCACAGGCUGAAUGAAUGCCCUAAAAUGUCGUGCAAUGUUACAUAGGCAAAGAUAUUUAGUUUCCCAGCUGAGAAAAUUUGGAAAUUUAAGCCUUUCCAGCAGUCAACUUGUGCCAAAUCCUGUCAGUCAAACAACCAAUAGUGAUGAUGGGAUUCAUAUUUUCCCAAGCAAAGGAAAUGAUUUAUCAAUGAGUAAUCAUACCCGUCUGGCCUGUGGUUAUGGUUUUACAGUGCUCACUGGUGUGAAUGAUCAAUAUCUUGUGGUCACAGGAGUGAAUUCAAAAUCUCAACUUGGCAUUCCCUCCUUCCAGAAAAAUGUGGUUACAAAGUUAACAGAGGUCAAACUACCCUUUACGAAAGCUGACUCACAAAUAUUGGACAUGUCCUGUGGAAGACUGCAUACUGUUGUAUUAACCACAGAAGGAUUAUUUAGCUCUGGAUGUAACAGAUUUGGUCAAUGCGGUUUAGAAGGACAAGAUGAACUAACACAAUUCACGAAGAUACCAUCAACUCCAGCUGCGGUGAAACAGGUGGUGUGUGGACUAGAUCACACCUUGCUUUUAACAGAUGAUGGUCAGGUUUGGUCGUGUGGUUGGGGAGCUGAUGGUCAAACAGGUUUGGGAUCCACUGACGAACAACGGUCGUUUGCCCUCGUUCAAUUGCCAUCGACUAUCAAGAUUGCGACUAAAGUUGAUUCUUGUCUGGCCUUAACAAACACCGGCGAAGUCUUCUCAUGGGGCAACUCAGAAUACAGUCAAUUGGGAUUUGCAACCGAAAAAACUCUGAUAACAAAACCAACAAAAAUCACUUCACUACAAAGUAUUGUAGAUUUUGCAAUUGGUAAUUCGGUUGGUCUAGCACUAACAGAAAACGGUGAUGUAUUUAUUUGGGGUUAUGGUCUGCUGGGUGAUAGUCCUGAGCCCUGUCUUAUCCAAGUUCCGCAGAAAUUGACAUUCUUGGAUAAACGAGUGACUCAAGUAGACUGUGGCCUUUGUUACUACCUUUUAUUGACAGAUGAUAAAAAAGUCUACAUUUGGGGGAAAUUAAAUCAAGCAAUAUGUUCACAUUUACCAAAAGAGAUUAAACUUCCAGAAACUACGAGAUUGUUGAGCUGUGGCGUUGAUCACUUGGGAAUUAUAGUUGAUACUUGAAAUCUACAGAAAAAAUUUAUAAAUUUGUCCUGUAGAAAUUAGAUUACAUGAAUAAAACUACACUAACGUAUAUUAAAAAUAUUAACCACUGUGUUUUGGUAUAGAGUCAAACUAGAAACACUGUACUUAUAUGUGCCCGAUGCGUUUUGAGUAAAAUUUCGCAAAAUAUUACAGGAAUUAGUUUGCACAUAAUUCAAUCACAAAUCAUUUCCCAUUGAACAUACACGAGUCAUAAUUUAAACAUGUAAUGGAGCUUUUUUUUGAGAUGAGAUCGCUUCCAAUUGAAAAUAUAUCAACUCCUCAAAGCGAUUUUUGUAGUAAGAUUAAAGAUCAUCGCCUCAAGUUAACUGAGUGCAUGGUCUCAUGUUUUUUGCGUGUCACAUAAGCAUCAUGUAUGCAUUAAUGUAGUCGUUUAAAUGUUGUGAAACAUUUAAAGUCCAUUGCAACUGCCGUAUUUCACAUGUUUCUAAACGAUAAAUUAAGAUAAUGGUUGAAAUCUUCAUGAUCUAUCGUUUUAAAUAUUUCAUACAUGUGAAAUGCGACGUGUAAAACGCUCAGAAACGCGAUAAUUAAAACGAUUCUGAUGAUUAUUAUUAUUGAAUCACUCAAUAAUUAGAUGCAUACAUCACAGGAAGAUUGAAUAUGAUAGAUAGUCACUUUAUAAUGGUGUACUUGACUUGCAGA